ACAAUAUACAAUGGAACCCUCCAGAGGACAAAAACCUCCUCUAAAGAUUGAUAUACUUUGCACAGGAACUUUAUUUUUUGGUGAAAUUUGGAGUGAAGGCGCUGGCUGUUAGCAACCAGGAAAAUAUAUAUAUUUUUUUUAUCCUCCCGGUCACCAGGCAGUUGCAUCUCUGAGCAGAUAGAAAAAGGCGCAGUAGUUUCUGUAAAAUAACGGGAACAGACACAGCAGGGGUUGCUCGGUACUGCCGGUAAGCACCAGGAAGUAGAAGCGUUGCAAAGAGACGCCACACAACCGCCUACUAUCAAUUUCCGCUUGUUUGUCGCUUUUAUAGUUGCGCAUCAUCACUUCCCCCUGGUCCAGGGGUCUGCGUGCCGCGUCACAGCGCUUAUAUACAUAUUGUUGUGACGUCCCACUUCUCGCAAGAUGAGACUGGUGACGUUUGGAGUAGCUGGCCGGCAGCAGCGGAGGAGCUAGACAUUUAAACGCCGUUGCGGGACAUUUAAACAGCGGUCCGGUGGCUCCGAAUUUUGUUAUGAGAAUCAGUAGGGUCCCGCGAAGAGUGGAACAGCUGGGCCGGGCGGACACAUCCCUGUAACUGGCGACAGUCACAUCUUCCAGCGCUGCUCAUCAUUAUCAUCAUCAUCAUAAUGGGCACUAUUGACCCGAAACCUUGCUGCUUCCCGUAAGCUUUCAAUAAAGCCUGUUAACCAUUUAUCCGCCACAACCUGUUGAGUUUAGCGAGCGCUGGUGUCCAAGUACUUGUGUAACUGUGCCGUCAGUUUGAUGUCUUUGCACCACGAAUGCCGGGGAAUGAGACGGCAUUCAAGCAGUUAAAGGUAAUUUGACCAAUCUAUUCCUGUCUAGGACUUGCAGAGAAAGAGGGCACUUUAUCCUUUAAGAAGAUGAAUCAGGUUAUAUCAUUGCUUCUUUAAAAAGUGACCAGUUUCGUUAAUGAUUUGCAGGAAAACAAAAAUGCUUGAGGAGGAACGUCGAGUGAAAGCCAAUGAUCGAGAUUACAAUGAAAAGUUCAGUUAUGCAAAUAAUGCAAUCAAGACAUCCAAAUACAAUAUUGUCACGUUCCUGCCUAUAAAUUUAUUUGAACAAUUCCAGCGAGUUGCCAAUGCAUACUUUCUUUUCCUGCUGAUCUUACAGCUCAUCCCUGAAAUAUCUUCCCUGUCAUGGUUUACUACCAUUGUGCCUUUAGUGCUUGUUUUAACUAUCACUGCUGUGAAAGAUGCCACAGAUGACUUUUUUCGACACAAAACUGAUAACCAAGUGAACAAUCGGCAGUCACAGGUGCUUCUUGGUGGCAAAUUGCAGAAUGAGAAGUGGAUGAAUGUAAGAGCAGGCGACAUCAUAAAGCUGGAGAACAAUCAGUUUGUGGUUGCUGAUAUGCUGCUCCUUUCUAGUAGUGAGCCACAUGGUUUGUGCUAUGUUGAAACAGCUGAGCUUGAUGGAGAGACUAAUUUGAAGGUCCGCCAGGCUUUGCCAGUAACUGCAGAACUUGGAGAAAAUAUUACCAGACUUGCAGACUUUGAUGGAGAGGUUGCGUGUGAGCCUCCUAACAACAAACUGGAUAAAUUUACUGGAACUCUGAUCUGGAAAGACAACAAAUAUUCUCUGACUAACGGCAAGAUUCUCUUGAGGGGAUGUGUACUGAGAAACACAGAAUGGUGCUUUGGAAUGGUAAUCUUUGCAGGCCCUGAUACAAAAUUAAUGCAGAACAGUGGUAAAACUAAAUUUAAAAGAACCAGCAUUGAUCGGCUAAUGAAUACAUUAGUGUUAUGGAUCUUUGGUUUUCUUAUUUGUAUGGGUAUUAUCCUAGCAAUUGGAAACUCUAUAUGGGAGCAUCAGAUUGGCAGUCGUUUUCGAAUAUAUCUGUAUUGGGAGGAAGUGGUUAACAGCUCAGUGUUUUCAGGGUUCCUAACUUUCUGGUCGUACAUCAUCAUACUCAAUACUGUUGUACCUAUUUCUCUUUAUGUAAGUGUGGAGGUCAUUCGAUUGGGGCACAGCUACUUCAUUAACUGGGAUCGCAAAAUGUUUUAUUCCAAAAGAGGGACUCCUGCCGAGGCAAGGACCACAACACUUAAUGAAGAAUUGGGCCAAAUAGAAUACAUAUUUUCAGACAAAACAGGAACACUUACUCAAAACAUAAUGACUUUUAACAAAUGCUCAGUGAAUGGGAAAGUAUAUGGAGAACUCCGUGAUGAGCUGGGACGUAAAUUAGAAAUCACAGAGAAAACAGAUCCUGUGGACUUCUCUUUCAAUCCAUUAGCCGAUCGAAAGUUCAAAUUUUAUGAUCACAGUCUGACUGAGUCUAUAAAACUGGAAGAUCCCUAUGUACAAGAGGUCUUCAGAUUGCUCUCUCUGUGCCACACAGUCAUGUCUGAGGAGAAGAAUGCAGGAGAGCUGGUUUACCAAGUUCAGUCUCCAGAUGAAGGGGCGCUAGUUACAGCUGCUAGAAACUUUGGCUUUAUCUUUAAAUCACGUACACCAGAAACCAUCACAGUGCAAGAGAUGGGAAAAGUUGUAACCUAUCAGCUGAUAGCAAUAUUAGACUUCAACAACAUUAGGAAACGAAUGUCUGUUAUAGUACGGAAUCCACAGGGAAAAAUUAAACUUUACUGCAAAGGAGCAGACACAAUCUUAUUUGAGAGACUUCAUGACAGUAGCGAGGAACUGAUGUAUAGAACUUCAGAUCAUCUUAAUGAAUUUGCUGGAGAGGGUCUCCGGACUUUGGCACUGGCAUAUAAAGAUCUCAGUGAGGAUUACUUGAAAUGGUGGCUGAAGAUCCACCAUGAGGCAAGCACUACCCUUGAGAACAGAGAGGAGCGUCUUGCAGCUGCUUAUGAGGAAAUAGAAAGUAAUAUGAUGCUACUAGGUGCUACUGCUAUAGAAGACAAAUUACAAGAAGGAGUCAUUGAGACUAUUUCACGUCUUCUACUGGCAAAUAUUAAGGUGUGGAUUCUAACGGGAGACAAACAAGAAACUGCCAUGAAUAUUGGUUACUCCUGUCGCAUGCUCACAGAUGACACGAAUGAUAUUUUCAUUAUAUCUGGUCACACCGUGAUGGAAGUUCGAGAGGAACUAAGGAAAGCCAAGGAGUGUACCUUUGGACAAAGCAGAAAUCUUUAUAACGGCCAUCAGUUUUCUGAAAAGUCGCAAGAUACCAAACUAGAUUCUGUAUAUGAGGAAACUGUGACUGGGGAAUACGCCAUGGUUAUAAAUGGACAUAGUCUGGCUCAUGCUCUUGAAGCAGACAUGGAAAAGGAAUUCCUGGAAAUUGCAUGCAUGUGUAAGACAGUUAUUUGUUGCAGAGUGACUCCUCUUCAGAAAGCUCAAGUAGUGGAGCUGGUGAAAAAGUACAAAAAAGCUGUGACUUUAGCUAUUGGGGAUGGGGCCAAUGACAUCAGUAUGAUUAAAAGUGCUCACAUUGGAGUUGGCAUCAGCGGGCAAGAGGGGAUGCAAGCAGUCCUAGCAAGUGAUUACUCGUUUGCCCAGUUUAGGUAUUUGCAAAGACUACUCCUAGUCCAUGGCCGAUGGUCCUAUUUCCGAAUGUGCACGUUUUUGUGCUACUUUUUCUAUAAAAACUUUGCAUUCACACUAGUGCACUUCUGGUUUGGAUUCUUCUGUGGUUUCUCUGCACAGACUGUCUAUGACCAAUGGUUUAUAACACUUUUCAAUAUAGUUUAUACAUCACUACCUGUCCUGGCUAUGGGGCUAUUUGACCAGGAUGUAAAUGACCAAAACUGUAUGGAUUACACAAAGCUCUAUGAGCCAGGCCAGCUCAAUCUCCUAUUCAACAAGCGGAGAUUUUUUAUUUGUAUUGCACAUGGAAUAUACACUUCUUUUGCCCUAUUCUUUAUUCCCUUUGGUGCAUUUUUUAACACAGCUGGUGAAGAUGGAAAACAUAUCGCAGACUAUCAGUCUUUUGCUGUUACUGUUGCUACAAGUCUAGUUAUAGUUGUCAGUGUCCAGAUUGGCUUGGAUACCAGUUACUGGACGGCAAUUAAUCAUUUUUUCAUUUGGGGUAGUCUUGCUGUGUAUUUUUCAAUUUUAUUUGCCAUGCACGGUGAUGGGAUUUUUGAUAUAUUCCCUAGCCAUUUCCCUUUUGUAGGAAACGCCAGAAAUUCAUUAAGUCAAAAAAGUGUUUGGCUUGCUAUUUUCUUGACCACUGUGAUCUGUGUUAUGCCGGUUCUCACAUUCAGGUUCCUGAAGGCUGAUCUAAGUCCAACGCUAAGUGAUAAGGUUCGAUAUUUGCAGCAGGCUAAGAAGAGACGUAAACCUCUUGAGAAUCGUAUGCGUAGGGUACACAGAACAAGCUCCAGAAGGUCUGGUUAUGCCUUUUCUCAUCAAGAAGGCUAUGGGGAACUGAUUACUUCUGGUAAAAAUAUGCGUGUAAAUAACCCCCAGGCUUCCUCAGGACUGGCAAAAACUUCAAGCUGGAUAGAGAAUUUACGGAAAAAGACAGCCGAAAAUUUUAACAGUUUCAGCAGUGACAAAACGUCCAAAUUAUGAUUUCUGAAUACAUUUGUUAUAUCAUGUUUUCCUUUUCUUACAUUUCUUUUGAGCUGUGGCCUUUUUUUUUUUGCACUGUUUUUUUUUUUCACAUCUAAUGAGGAUGAUGGGUGCCUUACAAAACGGAGGGAUGUGGAAUACUUCAUUUUUGUGAAGCAACCAGACAUAAACAGCUAAUAUAACCGAUUAGAUCAUCAAAAUUCAGACCGCAUCCUCGAAAAAAUAUCCAACAAUUUUUCCAUUGGUAGUGACUUACAAUAAGGUAUUCCAUACUGUGAAAGAGGCAAGCAGGUGUUCUACAACAAUAUCACAUCACUGUAGACUUAAUAUUUUUCCAUGUAUGACCUACAACUGUUAACGGUUUUGUUUGACUGUCAGCAGUGAACAAUCUAGCAGACUUUACUAUCUUUUGAAUGUUUACUUUUGCUUCCUUAAGUUUAGGGUCUCAACCAAAAUUGUGCACAAUUUUCUACUGUAAAUAUUAUACUGUUAAUCAAAUUCCAUAUCUUUUUACUACUGCAUAUUUAAGGCUAGGCCAAUCAUUUUUCCAUUUAAAGGAUUUCUCUUACACCUUAAACUGCAGUUUUAUUUACUAUUUUCUUCUGCUGCUAUUUACUGCUGCCGUUUCGACCACGGUUUAAUGGGGAAAAGUCCUAAAAUUUUCUGCAGUUUUGCAGAACACAAAUCACUUUGUUUUGUUGAUGACCAUUAGUACAUUAAAAAAAGCAAUGUAAAAGGCCCUUUUAUCUGACCCUUAACCAUUCCUGCUUCUGUAGUUAAGGAGUAGUUUAUACAUUGCUAUGGGCUAUUGCUGUUUGUAUACAAGAAAACCUUUCACGCAUUUUAAUGCAACAUGGAUUCCAAACUUGUUCAGGGUUGAUACUUAAUACAUUCCUAAUUAUACAGGAUACAUUUAAUUGUUCUGUAUCAGCCUUUUCACAUACUGAAUGUUAAUCUACGUAUCCUAAAAAUAUCAGGUGAUAAUUAAUGGCUCAAAUUGAGCUUGCCCAUUAUAACCAUCCUAAAGAAAAAUAUGACUGCAAAUUUUUGGCCAUGACCAUUUCAGCCAAGUAUUAAAAAAACAUCCCAGCACUAUAAAAAUACAUUUUGCCCUAAUGUCCCAUCAAUGCUAUAUAAUCAAAAUUGAAUAUUUAGCUCUUUAAAAGAUGUGAUUGUAAUCCGGAUGUGUUUUUAAUUUAUUACCCAUUCCUAACAAGACCACCGUGCACUCAGGGGAUACCCAUUUAUAGGAUAUUUGCAUUUCUGCAUUUGUAUGACUUGUAUUUUGUCAUUCCCUCCUGAAUACAUAUCAAAUGACUAUAAUCAUAUCACAAACUCUUUCAUGUUUUAAAGGCUGUGUUGCACAUUGUAUAAAAGCAAUUCAAUUACUACCCCUACCGCAAUAGGAAAGUUAAAAAAUGAUUGGCCUGUACCCAAUCUCCAUUAGAACCUAGAAAUAUUCUGUAAUAUAUCUGGAACAUGUCUAUAUGAACACAAGAACAGAAAAAAAGAAAUUCCCAGAAGGGAAAUAUUGGCCAGUUUGAAAAAGUGCCUGAGUGAGUUGAUGACCGCCUACUCUAUUUCCUCAACAAUUAAAGGAGUUUGUUUCAAUUUUGCUACUGGUAUCAGCAAGUUUUCUACAGAUUCAUAAGCUUUGUAAAUUCUUCUUUGCCAGCGUUUUUCACUGAAUGCCCUUAAUUCUAUUUUUUGUGCUGUACGUGAAUAAAUGAAAAGAAAAAUAAAUGUGUACUAAUAUGUC